CCACUGCAUUCCCAGGAUUUUCCUUUUACGACACCAUGCCGCCCAAACGCAAGCCCAAGCAAAAGCCAACGCUAGGGCAGUUCUUUGACAUCAAACCAGCGCCGCGCUCUGAGCCCACGCGCAAACAGCCAAGCCUGGACAAAUUCUUCGGCUCGGCCACACCCACACGGUCUGCCAGCAGCGAUCUGGCAGCAAAGAUGGACGGGACAAUAUUGAUCAGCGACAGCUCGGACGACGAGCUCAUUGACAUUGACAGCAUCCUCGGCACGCCCAAGCCGUCCAGCCAGAGCUCCUCGACAUCGCCAAUAGUCGAGAUAGUAUCGCCCAAACGACCCGUGCAAACUGCGGUGACCCCAAAACCCCUGUACAGGAACUCGUUGAAGAGCUUGGUGCGCGACCGCAGCAAAAAGAAAUACGACCUGGCGGUCCUCGACCAGCCCAUGGAGAGCAGCGACGAGGGCGAGGAGCUGGAGGCUAUUGGGAUGCUGGAAUUGGACCAAGACGAGGCCGACAGGAUCCGGGCCCAGCUGGGUGCGGCGACUGGCGACAUGUACAAAGCGGUCAGCGUGUCGAUGUUUGCUGGGCCAAAUGGCAAGGCCCUGGCGCCAGUGCAUGCGCUGGACAGUGAGGAUCCGGUCGACAGGCUAUGCAUAGGGGCACGGCCGCUGGCUAUUGAGCGCCUGGUGGGCUCGCAGUGGCUGGCCCAGCGGCUGCAUAUGGGCUGGCGCCUGUCGCCAGGCAUGGGCGACCUGCUCCUGCGCCUGGUCGUCAAUAGCCGCAGCCUGCGGACAUCAAUGGCAGCAUUCGGCACCCUGGCAGGGUUCCUCGAUGCCCACAUGUCGCAAUGGCAGCUAAGCCUGGCGCAACUGCAGGCUGCGCUGGAGCAACUGCAGGGCCCGCCAGCUGACGCCGUCCAGCUGUGCCGGCCACAGCGCACCAGCAGUCGAGCGGGCGGCAAUGGGCAGCGCAUCCAGCAUGUGCUCGGCGUGGCCGCGCGUUCUCUGGACGAAUGCAUGCCGGCUGCAGAUACCGCACAGGCGCUGCAGCUAGUAUGCGAGACCAUGCUGGACCACCGGAACCAGCAAUGGCUGGCUGCCAACCAGCGCAGCCUGGCGGGUCUGAUGGCCCGGGUGGUGCCGCGCAGCAAGUGGUCGGUGGUGUGGCCCGAUUACGUGCAGCAUAUGGCUAGGCGGCUGCAGCCGAUGCCGGUGGCUAUGCAGGCUGCGCUGGUGGAGCGCAUGCCGGCUGGCAAUGCGCGCUCGAUGCAGGUAAGACGCACUUUGGCGUUCGCCAUGCUGUGGAUGGCCGGCAGGCCGGCCGAUGACCUGGCCAGCAGGAUUGUGCUGCCGCCGCAGCUGAUCGUGCGCAUGGCCAGCGAGCUCCUCGACGAUGUGCUGGGGGUCCACGCUGGUGCUGAUUUUGCGCGCCUGGCCGCCUGCGUCGCACUGCUGGGGAAUGUGCUGGAUUCGCUGGACGCGCUGAGGGACGUGCCCGAGGAGGUCGCCCUGAUCCAUGCCAAGCUGGCCAUGGCUAAUCGCCGCAUUGCCGACGGCCGCGCGGAUAAUAUGGACAAAACCAGGGCCAAGGAUGCGCUGCAGACUCUGCUGGUGCGGAUAAAUCUGACUGUUGUGGUUGACACGCGCGCUCGCAGAGGGAAACCGAAGCCGGGGGCCAGACUGGACAAGCUCUGGAAGCCGCGCUAGUGCUCGCUUAUCUGACGGCCCAUUUUACAUAUCACUCUCGCCCGGGCGUGGCAUCGAAUAGAAAGAA